GUGUCCUCAUCGCCACUGUCACACUGUCAUCUCCAAAGUCUCCACUCCACCGGUUUCUUCUAUUCUCCUAGAACUGCUGCUGCUGCUAUCGCUCUCUUUUAUAUAUCCCUUACCUGACUCCUUCAUAUAUGCACUAAAUGAUGCGGAAACGAAUGCAAUUGUGUCUGAAGGUUGUUAUUGCUGGACUCAUAGUUUGUGCCUUGAAACUAUUUAGCACCAACUGGAAUUUUGGCAGACUUAUACAACAACAGAAAAGGGACAGUUUGCAGAAUGAGACGAGAGACGCAUUUAAAGAACUGUUGAGAAAGGCAAGCCAUGUAUUACCAGGUGAUGAAACGUCUGAGAAAAAGAUGACUUUGGAGCCUUUAAUCGAUUUUCUAUCAAAAAGUGUUUUCAAGGAAGGGAUUAUUGGUAACUAUGAGCCUGCCCCUAGAGACACACUCAACAGACCUGGUGACUAUGGCAAACCAGUGAUCAUAAGAGGAAACGAAAGAGUUUUGGCAGACCAAUCUUUGAAAACUUAUGGAUAUAACAUACUUGCAAGUGACAAAAUUGCAAUGGACCGAAUACCACCAGAUUUUAGAAUGACCGAAUGUAAGUUUUGGCAUUAUCCCGAAGAAAUAAAACUGCCAUCAGCAAGUGUGGUUAUAGUGUUCCAUGAUGAAUGUUUGUCCCCACUUCUGAGGACCAUCCACAGCGUUAUUGCUACGUCUCCAUCAGCUUUACUCAAGGAGGUUAUCUUGAUUGAUGCUAACAGUAAUAAAGAAAAUUUUACAACAGAUCUCGUAGAAUAUAUAGAAAACAAUUUUAAUGACAAAGUGAUGCUAUCUCAUAGCAGCAAGAAAGAAAGUUUGAUUCAUUUGAAGACAAUUGGUGUUAAAUAUGCAUCUGGAGAUGUCAUAGUAUUUAUGGAUGCUCCUUGUGAAUGUGGUCAGAACUGGUUGGUACCACUUUUAGCCCUGAUAGCAACUAACAGAACCAUUGUGGCAUCUCCAAUUGCUAAUGCAAUUGACUGGGAAACUUUUGCUUACCAGACAAAUUCUAGGGAGAAACAUCGUGGUAUUUUUGAAUGGGGGCUUCUUUAUAAAGAGAGUAAAGUGCCAGAAAUGGAACUGAAGAGAAGAGAGUACAAUAGUGAACCCUAUAGUUCUCCAAUCCUUGCAGGUGGUUUGUUUGCUAUAGACAGGGAAUAUUUCUUUGAACUUGGAGGUUAUGACCCAGGACUUCAGUCACGGGGAGGAGAGAAUUUUGAAUUGUCUUUCAAGAUAUGGCAGUGUGGAGGCAGCAUAAAGUGGGUCCCAUGUUCACAUGUUGCACGCAUCCAUCGAUCAUCCAUGUUUUUAGGUGCCUCCCAAGAUCUCAGUGUUCUUGCUAUGGAUUACAUACGAGUUGUUGAAGUGUGGCUGGACAAUGAACACAAACGGUAUUUCUAUGCGAGACAACCUUUAAUGGAAGAAUAUCCUUAUCUUAACAUUACCAAACAAUUGGAAUUUAAGAAGGAACACAAUUGUAAGAGCUUCGAAUGGUUUCUGAAGAAUGUAGCCUAUGAAGUACUGGACUAUUAUCCCCCACAGCCUCCUAAUAAAUAUUGGGGCCAGGUUAUGUUGGAAAAAACUGGAGAUUGUAGUAACUGGCAGGCAUCAUCUGUUGGAGAAAAAACUAUUCGUAUGAGUCCUUGCAAGUCCGACAAAGGAAACCAGCUGUUUCGGUUAAAUAUGAAAGGUCAAUUGAUAUGGGAUGAGUUCUGCAUUGAAACAAUAAACGAUAUUUUACACAUACAAGAGUGUCCUGUCCAACCUGUUGGUAACUGGUCCUAUCUAGAGAAUACAAAACAAAUUUUCAACAGUCGUUUCCAAAAAUGUGUUGAAGUGGUAUCAAACUCUGUACUUUGUCUCAAAGACUGUGAUGCUAACAACAAGAUGCAGCAAUGGAAUUUUAAGAAAUUUAAGGCCUGGGAUAUUCCUAAACAACAACAACAACAACAACAGCAGCCUCAACAACAACAACAACAACAAGAACAGAAGCCUCAACAACAACAACAACAACAACAGCAGCAGCAACCUCAACAACAAGAACAACAACAGCCUCAACAACAACAACAACAACAACAACAACAGCACUGUGGUGAAUUUGUGCUCAAAGUAAGGAAAUUGGAAAAACUUUAG